AUGCUACAGGACACCAACAACAAUGACCCACCAUCAGCUUACGACCACGCAAACGUCUUCUCUCGCAUCACCUUCCACUAUAUCCAAUCCGUCAUCUCGACCGGAUACCGCCGCGCCGUGACCGACACCGAUACCGCCAACAUGAUGCCCCAUUCUGUCAGGGUUGCAUCCUCCUACCUGCGGUUUGAGAAGUUGUGGAGGCGGCAUCUUGAGAAGACUCGAGCGAAGGCGAAGAGAAAGGGCGCAGGGGCCGGAGGAGGAGGAGGUGGUGGAGAGGAGGAGGAGGAGGAGAAGGAGGUGUCGCUGUUGUGGGUGGUGGUGAAGAUGGGCGGGUGGAUGUGGAUCCCGAUUAUUUUCUUUAUGUUGAUGGAGUCGACGCUUGAGUAUGCGCAGCCUUUGUUACUGGAUCGGUUGUUGAAGUUCAUUGCGACUUAUUCGGCUUCUUCGGGUUCGGGAGAGCAGGAGGCGCCGGAGCAGGUCUGGGUAGGUGUUGUGCUUUCGCUGGGUCUAACGGUGGCGUCGAUUGGCGCGUCGGUGGGGUCAGCACAGUUUAUUCAGUUGGCGACUAAUCUUGGGAUAUCGCUGCAGUCGGCGCUUGUUUCGAUGGUUUAUCAAAAAUCGCUUCGGCUCUCGUCGGGUGCUCGACAUGGAAGUGGAAGUGGAAGUGGAAGUAGUGGUCGUGCUUCUCCAGAAGAGGCGGAGGUUGGUCCCGAAGCGGCAGUGAAGUCUGACAAAGUCGCCGCGAAUACAGGAACGAGUGUAGGCGAGAUCCAGAACUUGAUGUCAGUCGAUGUAGUCGCGAUCCAGUACGGUAUCAUCUACCUUCCCCUUAUGAUCUCUACACCCUUCGAGAUUGUCCUUGGUUUGUACCUGCUCUACGCACAACUCGGUCUUAGCUCGUUGGCAGGUCUGGGUGUUGUGCUAUUAAUGACCCCUGUCCAGGGCUGGCUGGCUCGGAUGUUGAGCGUAGCCAAGGGUGUCAAGAUGGAGGUCAUGGAUGAGCGAAUCCGGGUUCUCACCGAGAUGUUGUCAUCCAUGCAAGUCAUCAAACUCUACCAUUGGGGACUAUUCUUUUACCGCAAGAUCGAGGCUCUUCGCGCAAAUGAAGUCAAGGCGUUGAAGAGAGUUGGGGCCGUGAUGGCUUGGAUGUCGAUCAUGGCUACUUCUAUCCCGACGUUGAUGGGUCUCUUGUCGUUUAUGGUGUAUGCCCUUGCUGGUGGGGAAGGUCAUGGACGAGGGUAUUUGAGCCCGCAGGUUGUGUUUGUCAGUUUGAGUUUGUUUGGGCGGUUGGCGGUGCCUAUUGGUCGUGCAUCGAGGGUGAUUAGCAUGGUAAUUUCUCUUCGUGUGGCUGCUGGGAGGAUCCAGAGGUUCUUGUUGUUAGAGGAGUUGGAUUGGGCCGUUGUCGGUUCUUUGCCAGAGUCAGGUGAGGAUCGUGAUCAUGAGGUUGGUGCUAUUGUUAUUCGGGACGGAGUGUUUUCAUGGACCCCUGCAGGCACCAACUUUAUUGCCGCUACCACCGGCAACGACGCACCUGAGCCAGUCGAUAACAAGAAGGAUUUAAUUUCAACACUUCAGGAUGUCAACCUGACGAUCCCCAAGGGUAGUCUGACGGCUGUGGUCGGUCGCGUCGGUCAAGGAAAGUCGUCCCUUCUCAGUGCCUUGAUCGGAGAGAUGUACAAACGGCAAGGAUCGGUCCAUGUGGUCGGCUCCGUCGCGUUUGUCAGUCAGCAGGCAUGGAUCCAGAACGGUACCAUCAUGGACAACAUCCUCUUUGGCCUACCUUUGGACCAGGAACGCUAUGCCUUUGUGAUUCAGGCGUCUUGCUUGCAGCAAGAUCUGGAGAUGCUCGCUGCCGGCGACCAGACCGAGAUCGGCGAGCGGGGGAUCAACCUGUCAGGAGGCCAGAAACAGCGUGUCGCCCUUGCCCGUGCCGCAUACCAGGAUGCCGAUAUAUACCUCCUCGACGACCCUUUGAGCGCAGUCGAUGCUCACGUCGACCAAUACCUUUGGCAGAACCUAAUCGGACCCAGUGGAUUGCUCAAGGACAAGACACGUCUUUUGGUCACCCAUGGCGUUCACCAUCUCGGCAGAGUUGACCAGAUUGUUAUUAUCAAGGAGGGACGCAUCUUUGCCACUGGUACUUAUGAACAGCUCCUCUCUGCUGGAUCCUUGACUAGCCAGGAGCUUUCGCUUUCGAUCGAGACUGAGGGUGUCGCUGAGAGUGGCGAUGAUGUUGCUGUGGUUGCUGCUGGCACUGAGCUUGCCGUUGAUGCGGACAAGAAGAGCGAUGAUGUUGUUGAUGGCGCUGAGAGCAAGGAUGGUCAAGAUGCAGAGGGUCGGUUGAUCCAGAAGGAGGAGUAUACCCAUGGCGGUGCUGGAUGGAAGGAAUUCUUGACUUAUGCCAAAGCAGCAUCGUACUUCCUCUCGUUCUCAAGCAUCGGCCUAUUCAUCCUCUCGCAAGCGAUGCAACUCGGAAUCAGUAUCUGGCUCCAACGUUGGACUGAGCGCAAGUUCGACAACCAGCUAGCCAACUUGGGUUUGUUCCUGGGUGUCUAUGCCGCCAUGGUCGUCGCCUAUGCCUCAUCGGAUGUCUUGGUCCACUAUAUUGUUUAUGUCACUUCCGGGUUGAGGGCUGCGACGUUAUUGCAUAAUAACCUAUUGACGAGAAUCAUUCGUCUCCCCAUGCAUUUUUUUGACUCUACUCCUGUGGGAAGGAUCGUGAAUCGGUUCUCGACAGAUCAGGACACAGUAGACGUCCUCCUCCCUCAAGCACUCUCAGAUUUCUACUACUACACAUUCACAGUUUUGGGUACACUCGUCAUCAUCUCCUUCACCCUCCCCAUCUUCAUCGCAACACUCCCCUUCCUGUUUGGGUUCUACGUCCUCAUCCAAGUCUACUAUGUCCGCACCUCGCGCGCCAUGACUCACGUUUAUGCCAUAGCCCGGUCCCCGCUCUUCCAGCAUUUUAAUGAGACCCUCGCGGGGGUUUCGACAAUCAGGGCUAUGCGGCAGGAAACGAGGUUUGUGCAGGAGAAUGCGCGAAGGACGGAUCGGGCGGCGAAUGCGUAUUUUGUCACCACGGUCGCGAGUCGGUGGUUACAUUUUAGGCUCGAGUGUUUAGGUGCUACGGUAGUUUUGGCCACCUCGUUGUUGGUAGUGCUGGAGACUGUGAGGAGUAAAGGUGCCGUGUCCGGAGCCGCGUUGGAUGGAAAGGCGGGAUUGGCGUUGAAUUACGCCCUCACUGCGACCUAUGGAAUCACGUUCUUGGUCACUUCUGUGACCGAUCUUCAGAACCGGUUGGUCAGUGUUGAGCGUGUACGGGAGUACUGUGAAAUUCCGACCGAGGCGCCGUUGAAGAUUGAAGGCGUAGACAAGGAUCUGGAGGAUCGAGAGUGGCCAAGAGAAGGUGGCGUUGAGUUUAGGAACUAUUCGACUCGUUACCGGCAGGGGAUGGAUUUGGUUCUGAAGAAGGUGUCGUUUGAGGUACUACCGGGUGAGAAAGUCGGGAUCGUCGGACGCACUGGUGCUGGCAAGUCGUCUCUUACCCUUGCUUUGUUCCGGAUCGUCGAGGCUGCCAACAGUCAGUGGGCCAGGGCCAGCUAUAACACCAGUGCUACCAACAUGGACAACGACACAUCCCAGUCUGUCAUUGGUAGCCAACUUCUGACUGUUGACGUUGAAGAAGACGGGGGAUCGAUCUGGAUCGACGGCAUGGACAUCUCUACCAUGGGUCUCGAACACCUUCGCCAACAUUUGGCCAUCAUCCCUCAGGACCCAACCCUCUUCGAAGGUACCCUCCGCGAGAACCUCGACCCCUUCUCCCGCUCAACCGACACCGAGCUCUGGACAGCCCUCGAGCGCGCCCACCUCAAGACCCACAUCUCUUCCCUCUCUGGUGGACUCUCGUACGAGGUGAACUCGAGUGGGACAAACUUCUCGAUUGGUCAACGGUCUCUAAUUUGUCUCGCCCGGGCACUGUUGCAGAAAUCCAAGAUCUUGGUCCUGGAUGAAGCCACAGCUGCUGUGGAUGUAGAGACAGAUGAGCUGAUCCAACGGACGAUCCGGGAGGAAUUUAAGGAUCGAACGAUUUUGACAAUUGCCCAUCGGAUCAAGACUGUGAUGGAUUCGGACAAGAUUUUGGUGCUGGAGAAGGGACGCGUUGAGGAGUAUGGGUCUCCGAGCGAGCUAUUGAAGAGGAAGGAGGGGUCGUUGUUUUAUCAGUUGGCUAAACAGGCUGGUGAAGCCAAGUAG